AAGGCGCGGCUUGCGACCGCUCGAAAGACCGCGUUUUCAGACAGACAGAACCUACGGCUGGCACGCAGAUGCGCAGUGUUUGAGGUCGCGUCUUUCUUGGAAAUCCUCCCCGAGGAAGCGCCAGCGAGGCCGCCGCCGCCGCCACCCUUGUCCGCGCGAACCCCGGCCUCCGUGUACAUGGCUACUCUCGGCCAUCACGGCACCCAAGACUUCAGCAACAUCAACAACAUGACUUACCCGGAUCCCCCUCACUACUCCUCCGCCAUGGACCUCGGCCUGUCACCAGAGCCAUACAGUGCGUAUCCGCGGUCAUCGCACGACUUCCCCGCGACCAUGGGGUAUGAGAACGGUGCGGUGUACGCCGAGGCGCCAUACAUGUACGGCAGCGGGAGGGCAUCACCAGGCAUGUACCCGGACGACGGCGACGUCGCGCGCGGGCCGGCGUCGGACCCGAGCAUCGCGAGCGCCUCGUCGUCCAACAUGGGCUCGCCGCUGUCGAGCCACGGCCAGAUGGCGGCGCCGAUCCCUGAGUGGGCCGCUGCGCCCCACGGACUUGGCCUAACUCCGGGCAUCGUCGACCAGAGCGACUAUUUCCCCGGCGAGUACUCGUUCGCGCCGGGCGGGAUUGAAGGCUUCAACUCUGCCUACGACUUCCCGGCCAGCAAAGCGCCCGGUUUUGUUGACCCCUCGUUGAUACACCCGGAGGUGAGGCCCAUGGCGAUGCCGUACGAGCCGUCGUACCCGGCGCCGCCCAACUCGGGCUACCCCGCGUCGCCGGCCCUCUCGGUGUCGGCAUCCCCGCAACUCAGAACCGGCAGCGCAUCUCCCUUCAUGCAUAAUAGUAAUUACCAGCCCUACUCGCCAUUUCAGCCGCCAGUCGACCCGCAACGGCGGGGAAGCCUCGUGUCGUACCAACAGUCCAACUUCUCGGGAGAGCAGCCCUACAGCGGCGACGAGUCGAGGGAAAAGCAGCGCUGCCCGCAUCCCGACUGCGGCAAGGCAUUCAAGGACCUCAAAGCGCAUAUGCUCACCCACCAGACGGAGAGGCCUGAGAAGUGCCCCAUCACGACAUGCGAGUACCACGUGAAGGGCUUCGCGAGGAAAUACGACAAGAACCGCCACACACUUACCCACUACAAGGGGACAAUGGUGUGCGGCUUCUGCCCUGGAUCCGGCUCGGCGGCCGAGAAGUCCUUCAACCGGGCCGACGUGUUCAAGCGCCACUUGACAGCGGUGCACGGCGUCGAGCAGACGCCCCCCAACAGCCGCAAGAAGACAGCAGGCGCCGGCAGCACCAGCGGCAACGGCAAGCUCACGGGGUACGCGCCCGACGCGACGGGCAAGUGCUCGACAUGCUCGCAAACGUUCAGCAACGCCCAAGACUUCUACGAGCAUCUCGACGACUGCGUGCUGCGCAUCGUGCAGCAGGAGGACCCGGCCGAGGCGAUCAACGCGCAGCGGCUGGCCGAGGUCGAGAACGACCGGGACGUGCACAGCACGCUCGAGAAGAACAACCUGCCGACGACCACCAUGACCACCACGACCGAGGACGCGGACGAGGAGGACGAGAACAUGGACGACGACGAGCUUGACGAGGACUCCUCCAAAGCCGGCCGCGGCGGCAAGGACUCGCUCGCGUCCCCGACCAAGAAGACCAAGGGCAACCCGGCCAACGGGGUGCAGAAGUCGCGCGGGCUCACGCACUCGCGAGGCGGCGUGCCGCUCCACACCAAGGCGCGGGGCCGCAAGAACCGGCGCGACUACCCGUCCUCCUGGGGCUUCGACAAGGGCCAGAUGAACAUGAAGAAGCGCGUGCUGGCCGUGUUCGACGGGCCGCGCCGCCUGGCCAAGGACGACAUGAUGCUGUCGACCGAGCAGGAGGUGCGCAUCAAGCUGCGCGACGGCAAGUCGUACGUCACCGACCUCGACCUGCAGACGCUCAAGCGCGCCGAGGGCUUCCUCAACGCCACCGACGAGGAGAAGGGCCUGUGGGUCUCGGACGACCCGACCGAGGAGCAGAUCAAGCAGAUGCUCGAGUUCAGCGCCGGGUCGUCCGAGGCUGCUGCUGCUGCUGCUGCUGCGGCGGCGGCGGCGCGAUGAGGCAAAAAACGCCGCCUUCCUGUUUCUUCUUCUUCUGCUUCUUCUUCUUCUUCUUCCUGUUGUGGCGCUCUUCGAUAUCGCGAUGA